UAGCCUGUAUCAAAGAUGCAAAGCAUGCUGCUAUCCUGUAGGAGUUUUCCAAAUUUACAUAUAUAUACUUUGUAUCAAUUAGUAUCGUGGAGCCUGAAGGCUGAGUGGAAAGCGCUCAGCGUCUGUAGUCCUAAGAGUCCAGGGGGUCCGUCUAAUUACCACAAGCUUCACAAAGCUUCCUGGCAAUACAGCAAUGAAACUGGGACAAUAAAAUCUGCCAUAACUGGAUUACAUCAUAUAUUUACAUUCCUUUUAAAUGAAGACAGCAUCAAGAUUCCAACUAAAAUACCUGGCAGUGUAGAUAGUGCAAAUAGAAAAUUUAAUCGGUGGCUGUAUCAAAGAUACGAUGAAACGCACAAGAAAUUGCUCAGCCAACUUGGACAUGAAGAACAAUCGGUACAGGAACUGGCAUUGUGCUCCAUAGUAAAGUUAAUCCAAUCUGAAGGACGACAUCCAGUAAAGACGAGAACAGAUGUUGCCUACCAGUUUCCCAUGCACAGAUUACGGCCUUUGAUAAUGGCCCUUGUCUCAAGCUCUGUGGAUUACCGCCAUCUGAUCACGCUUUUGUUUGAGUAUAUGGAAUGCCAAGACUUCAUGUUCUUUACUCUCAUGACGUUGAGCAUUGUAGUUAAAGCACAGAAAGGUAAAGAUGUCUCGGUAAAAUUCAUGAACAACCUGUUCCCUCUGUUAGAACAAAUAAACAUACCGAUGGAAAAUGCUGCUAAUCUUGAACGACCUAAGUUUCUCUUGGAGCCUAACAGUGGAAGUGAGGCAGGAGCAGAUGAGCAGCCCAUGUUCACGAUUCCAUAUGACAAAGCUAAGAUUGCCAUCAACACCAUAUGGCCCGAGGUACUGAGGUAUCCUUUAACGCCUGAUUUGUAUCGCCGGAGUUUGAUUCUCAUACCCGAGAAGGUGAUGCAUCACUUGGAUUCACCCAUUAAUCUCACAGAUUUCUUCAUGGAAUCCUAUAAUCUUGGUGGUGCUAUCAGUCUCUUAGCCCUUCAAGGUGUGUUCAUCUUAGUACAUAAACAUAACUUGGAGUAUCCAGAUUUUUACAAAAAGCUCUAUAGCCUGCUUGAGCCUACUGUAUUUCAUGCAAAAUAUAAACCAAGAUUCUUCAUGCUCUGUGAUCGUUUCCUCGCCUCAUCACAUAUUCCAGAGUACCUAGUUGCUGCCUUCAUCAAGCGCCUGGCACGACUCUCUCUUGUAGCACCAACCUCUUCUCUGGUUCUUAUUCUCAAGUUUAUAGCAAACCUUCUCAUUAGAUAUCCAGGACUGAAGAAGCUUAUUGAUAACCCUAAUGCUCAAGCCUUGGAGAGUGAUCCAUAUGAUGCUGAUGAACCUGACCCUGCCCAAUGCCAUGCCUCUGAAAGUAGCCUUUGGGAAGUGGCAACCCUGACACAGCAUGCUCUGCCUUAUGUUGCCAAAACUGCCGGCUUUAUAAACAGAAAUUUACCAUCAGUGGAAUAUAAUAUAUCGGAAUAUGUUGAAACGUCUUAUGAAGAGAUCUUUGAGCGAGCAUGUAAGAUGACUGUUCGGGAAACUGUGCCAACCACAUUCCAUAAACCUCUAGGACUCUUUGACUAUCAUGAUGACCAGAUGUCCCAGUUUUGGAGUGUGGUGUGAUGUGGGUUUGCAAGAAAUAGUGAAUAGUUUAGGAAUAUUUUGUAUAAGGUACAGUAUAUAAAUGUAAAAUAAAUUGUAUUUCUCAAA